GGCGUGUGACGUCAUCAGUCGGCACCCGAUUCAGCGCUGUGAUUCAACUGGAGAAAGGAUAACGUGUUCAAACACAGAGAAAAACUCCUGCUGAAGCGACUGAUCUCCACACUCUUAUAAAGAUGGCGUUUAUUAAAGAGGAGAGUGAAGAUGUGAAGAUUGAAGAAACAUUCAGAGUCAAACAUGAAGAUCUGCAGGAACAAACAGACCUAAUUGAAGAGAAUGAGGGGAGGAAAGAGGAGGAACAUCAUGUGAAAAUUGAGGAAAAAACUCUUUUACAGACUGAUGGUAUUUUGAAAAGGAGAGAUAAGAAUCGUUUCACCUGCACUCAGUGUGGAAAGAGUUUGGCAAGCAAAAGCAAACUUAGGAUUCACAUGAUGAUCCACACUGGAGAGAAACCAUUCACUUGCACUCAGUGUGGGAAGAGUUUCAGCCAAUCAUCAUCCCUUAAUAAACACAUGAUGAUCCACACUGGAGAGAAACCAUUUACUUGCACUCAGUGUGGGAAGAGUUUCAUCCACUCAUCAUCCCUUAAACUACACAUGAUGAUUCACACUGGAGAGAAACCAUUCACAUGCACUCAGUGUGGGAAGACUUUCAGCAUAUCACCAUCCCUUAAUCUACACAUGAGGAGCCACAGUGGAGAGAAACCAUUCACAUGCCCUCAGUGUGGGAAGAGUUUCAGCCAAUCAUCACACCUUAAUCAACACAUGAGGAUCCACACUGGAGAGAAACCAUACACAUGCACUCAGUGUGGGAAGAGUUUUAACUGCUCAUCACACCUUAAUAAACACAUGAGGAUCCACACUGGAGAGAAACCAUACACAUGCACUCAGUGUGGGAAGAGUUUUAACUGCUCAUCACACCUUAAUAAACACAUGAGGAUCCACACUGGAGAGAAACCAUACACAUGCACUCAGUGUGGGAAGAGUUUCAGCCGUUCAUCAUACCUUGAUCACCACAUGAGGAUCCACACUGGAGAGAAACCAUUCACAUGCACUCAGUGUGGGAAGAGAUUCAGCCAAUGGUCCUCCCUUAAUCACCACAUGAGGAUCCACACUGGAGAGAAACCAUUCACAUGCACUCAGUGUGGGAAGAGUUUUAACUGCUCAUCAGACCUUAAUAAACACAUGAGGAUCCACACUGGAGAGAAACCAUACACAUGCACUCAGUGUGGGAAGAGUUUCCGCCAAUCAUCAUCUCUUAAUCACCACAUGAGGAUCCACACUGGGGAGAAACCAUUCACAUGCACUCAGUGUGGGAAGAGUUUCAGCCAAUCAUCAUCCCUUAAUCACCACAUGAGUAUCCACACUGGAGAGAAACCAUUCACUUGCUCUUAAGUCCCGGUCACGCUGGACUUUUCUCCCCAUAGACUUCUAUUCAUGUGCACGCGAAUGCGUCAGACCGGAAACGCAAGUUUGUGUGUCAAGUUUCGCAGUUCAUUGCCUUGCAAAGUUCAAGCUUGGUGAACUCUGACCUGUGAAAUCACAUCACUUGAAUGUGUGAAACCAAUCGAAGAUCAAAACAUGACCUCUCUGGACAGAAAUUUUAAAAUAUGGACCAAUCGCUCACUUUUUUAGUGUCUAAUCAUCUUGUUUAAUCCCGCCCCUUUUCGCAGCGCCUUACAACAGAAUUUUGCUUGCUCAAAUUCUAAUGUGACCGCAGCUUCAUUGUGGGAUGAGUUUAAGCAACUCCUCAGACCUUAAUAAAUAUAUGAAGACCCACACUGGAGAGAAACCAUUCACAUGCACUCAGUGCAGGAAGAGUUUCAACCGAUCAGCAAACCUUAAUGAACACAUGAAGAUCCACACUGGUGUGAGAGAGUAUAUGUGCUUGGAGUGUGAGAAGACUUUUGUUACAGCUCCAAAAUUGAAACUGCACCAGACGAUUCACACUGGAGAGACCGAACAAGUGUUCACACUGUGACAAGAGAUUUAAUCAGUUAACACAUCUGAAAACACAAGAGGUUUCACACUGGAGAGAAACUGUACAGAUCAUUCGGCACAGCUUAAGAAACACAUGGACAAAAAGUUGCACACAUCACAUGAAUGCAGCAAAACAUUUUCUCUGUGCACAGGAUGUUUCAUGUCUAAAUAAUGUUUGAAAAGGCUCAGUUUACUGUUUUCCAACACUCCUACACUGCAGUAGGUGGGGUUGUAAAUGUGUUUCGUUUACCGUAAACACAAUGAUGGCGGCUGAGAAAAGAACAGUUUCAUAAACAUCUGGUUAACAGCACCUCUGCGGCUUAAAAUCUCUUUGCAAGUGAUUGUACAGGUGCGGAUACAUCUGUACUCCACUCUCCAGUGUAUUCAUGUAGCCAGUGUUGUUUUAGAUGAUGUUCUCUGUCUGACUCCCUGAUCGAAAAAUCCAGAUUGGAGUAUGUGGUAAAUCCUGAUUGGAUGCCUGCAUUACUCAUUAAUGAGUAUAUAAAAGUUGUUGUGCUAGCUACCCCAGGACACUGUGGCUACUUGGGAGUCCUCAUGUCAAGACCUGCCAUCUCAUUGACUCUUUAAUCUUAUGCACUACUAAUGUCAUCUAGUUAAAGUGUUGUUGUGAUUAUAUCCUAAGUUCUUUAUCUUCAUUAUUAUCCCUAGACAUUUGUUGGUUGCUUUGAUUGAUUGUUCUAUGAGUUACACUUUAUAAUAAAUAAUUUGCAUUCAGGCUA